AUGAUUUUCACUUAUUUCUGUAAAUCUCCUCUUUGUCAAGAAAAACUCCCUUCUCCCAUCCUUUCUUUUCAAAGGCAUCAUAGUGAUGACUGCAAAAAUCUGAGUCUGGAGACAACGUUUGCCCUCUUGGGUUUCACAGAUUAUCCAGAGCUUCAGAUUCCUCUCUUCCUCAUGUUUCUGAUCAUGUAUAUUAUCACCGUGGUAGGAAAUCUGGGCAUGAUGGUAAUCAUCAAAAUUAACCCUAAGUUUUACACCCUCAUGUGCUUUUUCCUUAGACAUCUUUCUUUUGAUUUUUGUUACUCUUUCAUUGUUACCCCCAAGCUGCUCAAGAACUUGGUCACGGCCAAUAAGAGCAUCUUCUACAGUACCUGCAUGCUGCAGUUCUUCCUAUUCUGCAUUGCUGUGGUGACUGAGUCCUUCUUACUGGCAGUGAUGGCCUAUGACUGCUUCGUGGCCACCUGUAACCCUCUGCUUUACACAGUGGUCAUGUCACAGAGGCUGUGUGCCCUGCUGGUGGCUGGGUCAUAUCUCUGGGGCACGUUUGGCCCAUUGGUACUCCUUUGCUAUGCUCUCCAAGUAAACUUUUCUGGACAUAAGGUGAUCAACCUCACUUCCUAUGUCUUUAUUUUUGUCACUGUGCUAAACAUCCGUUCUGCCAAUAGAUGUCCCAAAGCUUUCUCCACCUGUGCGUCUCACCUGACUGCCAUUACCAUCUUCCAUGGGACCAUCCUUUCUCUCUACUGUGUGCCCAGUUCCAAGAACUUGUGACAAACUGUCAAGGUGGCCUCUGUGUUCUAUACAGUGGUCAACCCCAUGCUGAACCCUCUGAUCUACAUCCUGAGGAAUAAAGAUGUGAAUGAUGCCUUCCGAACAUUAAUACACAAAAGCCUCAUUUCACUGAACCAAUGUCCAAAGAAAUCUUCAAUUCCCAUUAACAAUGGGAAAAGAGCCUUCCAAGAUGCGUAG